AUGAAACAGAUUGUCUACUUUAUAUUCAAACCACUCUGUACUUUCAGGAGCCAUCCGAUUGUGCCACACCUUCGAAAGAUUGUUUACUUCACCGCCAUUAAGUACGGAGGACACACUGAAUGGGAAUUUUUGUGGAGAAAGUACAAGGACUGCAAAAAUGCCGCGGAGAGAGAAAAAAUCAUUUCCGCUCUCUGUACUGCGAGAAAUAAAGAUGUGCUACAAAGGUUGCUAAAGGACACAUUGGACAGCAGUGAGGUUCGUUCUCAGGAUAUGAUUCAAAUCAUUGCUACCGUGGCUAGCAAUCCUGAGGGACGCCAGCUGGCUUGGAAAUUUUUUAACAAGAACUUCAAAAAGAUAGUGGAAAGGUUUGGUAAAGAGUCAAAGGCAGUUGUGUUUCUCCUAGAGAAAACGACAGAAAAUCUCAACACGCCAGAGCACUUGAAGGAGGUCAAGGAUUUCAUCAAAACACAUCACACAAUGUCCUUGGUUCAAUUAUCUGACAAGAAAAUUCUGGAAAAAAUUCAGACCAACAUACAUUGGAUGGCGACACAAGUCCAGAAGGUGGAGAAGUGGUUGAAGGAUCGACAAAAAUAAAAACAAAAAGAAACACAUUCCUGACCCCAUGGUGUAAGGAUACCCCUCAAUAGGGACUCAGUGAUGGUCCCAUUCACAUGUAAAGCGAACACUGGAAACCCGCAGUGAAAAGAAGACCUCCCUUAAAUUAAAUGUGCACUGAGUGAUGGUUUCAAUUACAUGUACAAACAGAGAACUCGUACUCUGCAGGAAGGUACACCAUGCUGAAACUGCCACUGAACAGCAAGAUCUUUUUUUUGUUCAUAAUUGAAAUUUUUAACUUCCCUAUUCUCAUUGAGGCAUAGUAAACACAAGGGGUUGUUUGGAGUAGAUAAACAUGAAAAGCAGUCAAGGCUAUCUAAGGCAUGUUAAAUUCAAAGAGCAAACUAAAAUCUGAAAUUCGCAGACACUGUUUGAACAAGUCACGCAAUCUUCCUCCCCCACGUAGGGGAGGGAGAUUGCAUGACAAGCCCAAAGAAUGUCUGCGUAGGAGGCUAAUUAAUUUACGAAAUUAAAAAAAUUCUGUUUUCCAUAAUGCUAAUGUAACUACCUUUUCACCCACUCACAGUGUGUACAGUAACUAUUUCACCAACAAUGCAACUGACGAGCACUUUUUGUGGGGCUUACUGACUUGGAUCAGUUUGCUUCACAAUGUCACUAAAAACAGGCUGGACCAAUGGUUUCAUUGAUACAGGCAAUUUAAUAAACUUCUUACAUAUAAUGGUACAGUAUACCAUGUACAUUAUAUACAUAUAUAAUAAAGAUUCUCGUAAUUCUAGCAAUGUAAAAUACUCGAAGAAAAGACUCUAGACAACAGUAGCUGUUGAAAGUAACAUUUCCAUUAGUUCACUUCGCAUUAAGCCAUUCUUGGAAUUACUCUUCCAUUGGCAGUUUCUUAUCCGUUCAUGUUAACUACAGAACAAGCUAUUGGUGUGGAAGUAAAAACAUGACUGGGGCUAGAAACCCCUUUAUCAACUCUGUCAUUUUUCUAAAUGAUCAAUCAGAGGUCAAGCUGUCAAUAAUAUUAUCGACUUUAUUGAACUAAAUCUAUUAUAUAACUGAAAACGUAAGAAAAAUAAGAAUAAAUUAAGUAACACCACACUAGUCAAAUUCUCUUCCUUCACUUUUCAGAAAAUUCAGAGAAUUUAUCACUGACAAAUGAUUAAUGCUGUCUUUAAAUGUAAGUUACACUUACAACAAAGCAAUGCGUAGAAAUCACAAAUACUUCAAAGCAUCGUGCAGUUCCAGAAAAUAUCCAUAUUGCUCCCACAGAAGGGAUUGAAAUUUCCUGGGAGGUGGGGCUUUCUGAAAUACCAAAAAAUUAAAGAAAUGUGUGAAGCUUAAUUCAAAUUUCCAGAGGGGUGGGGCAGGGGAGGGGGUUCUUAGAAAAAAUCCCUUCCAUAGGGAAAGUAUGGAUAUUUUCUGGAACCACACAUUUCAUCCCAACAAUAACGAUCAUGCUUAAAACCGAUUCCUCUCUGAGAAACUGACAUCUUGAUUGAAGUCCAGUUCAUUUGAGUAAGCAGGUGGUAAUGUUAACAAACACCAAUAAGUUCUUUCUUAACAUUUUUUCUCACACAGUUCAAGUUUGCUGGUUCAUUUUAAUCAAACAGAACCAGUAGCUCCAGAACAGCAUUCCCUCUCAAAAUGGCACUGCAUUAUAAUACAGUCAUCAAUCUUCCCACAUAUUCCCAAAUGUUGCUCACAUUAUUUCUUAGCUUCAAGUCCUAUGAUCAUGAUCAAAAUUAAAUUCUCUCCACUGAAUCACUUUGAAUAAUUUUAUCAACUAUCCUUGAAUAAAUUAGAUUUUAAAUGAACAAAGCUGUCCUAAAUGGCUAAUUCACAUGGCCUUUAAGAUGUAUUUACAACUAUACUUACACCAUUAUUUCUACAGAAGCAAUUCUCUGAGUCAGACACUUUUUGGCUAAUUUUUUUCUUUUUCGUUUUGUGUUAAUUUUUUUAGGACUUCAACUUCCCAAGUUAACAGUACUGUUCUAUAGAAACUCUGCCUCUUGUAUUUUUGGUGCACAUUUCCUUAACACAAUUAUUCUGUUUACUUAAAUCUGCGGCAAUCAUUUUCACAUUCCCACAUCAUGCACAUGUACUUGAUUUUCGUUUUACCUUAUGGUGUCCAGAAUGUUCCAAAAAACUCCUCCACUUUGUUAGAUAAUUAGGCAACAAGAGUAAGUCACAGUGAUUACAAUGAAACCUGUUAAAUUCUGAGCACUUACUGAAUGCAAAUUUGCAAUGUUCUGUUACUAAAAAUCAGAAGUUAGAUGACCUUUCAGAAAGCAAAAUAUACACUGCGAGCUACAGAAGAAACACAAAGAUGUUUUUAUGAACAUUCGCAGAAGGCCUUGUCAUAGAAAAAAAAA